AUUGGGUGGAUUUGGAAGAAGACAAAAAGAAAGAAAAAGUAGUAAAAGUUUUAAGUAGAUGAUCUACUUUACUGGAUUGUCAAGAGGCUCCAUUAACAAAGUGACUAAAUCUCCACUUUUUCUUGUACACUUUGCUUUAUGAUGCUUCUAAUCCAAACCCAAAUCAUCAAAAGUGAAAAGUUUUGGACUUUCCGGCAUUCAGUGAGCAAUCACUAGUUUUUGAGCUGCAAGCCAAAAUAUUUGAUUGUUGGAGAGAUUUUUGUUGAUGGGUGCUUGCUGGAGCAAUAGGAUUAAGGCUGUGAGUCAUUCCAAUACAGGGUUCACUUCUAGAAGUGUGAGCAGAGAUGGUUCAAAUAGCAGGAGCUCAUCCACUCCUCGGAGUGAGGGUGAGAUCUUACAAUCUUCCAAUUUGAAAAGCUUCAGCUACAAUGAGAUAAGAACAGCUACAAGAAAUUUCCGCCCGGACAGUGUCUUAGGCGAGGGUGGAUUCGGUUCUGUUUAUAAGGGUUGGAUUGAUGAGCAUUCACAUGCUGCUACCAGGCCGGGAACUGGCAUUGUUAUUGCUGUGAAGAAACUUAACCAGGAAGGGUUCCAGGGUCACAAGGAAUGGUUGGCUGAGAUUAACUAUCUUGGGCAGCUGCAGCAUCCUAAUCUUGUCAAGUUGAUAGGCUACUGCUUAGAGGAUGAGCACCGAGCUCUAGUUUAUGAAUUUAUGCCUAAGGGCAGUGUGGAGAAUCAUCUGUUCAGGAGAGGAUCUUAUUUUCAGCCUCUAUCUUGGACUUUAAGAUUGAAAAUUGCCCUCGGGGCUGCAAGGGGUCUUGCUUUUCUCCAUAGCACAGAAGCUAAGAUCAUAUACCGUGACUUUAAGACUUCAAAUAUCCUGCUUGAUACUAACUAUAAUGCCAAACUUUCUGAUUUUGGGCUGGCCAGAGAUGGGCCAACUGGUGAUAAGAGCCAUGUUUCUACUAGAGUCAUGGGAACACAUGGAUAUGCUGCGCCAGAGUAUCUAGCAACAGGUCAUCUCACUGCCAAGAGUGAUGUAUAUAGUUUUGGAGUAGUUCUUCUGGAAAUGUUAUCAGGAAGACGUGCUAUAGACAAGAACCGGCCAUCUGGAGAACACAAUCUAGUUGAGUGGGCAAAACCUUACCUUUCUAACAAACGUAGAGUUUUUCGUGUGAUGGAUAGCCGUCUUGAGGGCCAGUAUUCCCUCGAUAGAGCUCAAAGGACAGCCACCCUUGCUUUUCAAUGUCUUGCUGUGGAUCCUAAAUUCAGGCCAACCAUGAAUGAGGUGGUGAGAGUGUUGGAGCAGCUAAAGGAAUCAGAGGAGAAGAUUAAAAAAAACAGUGAUCAGAAAGAGCAUAGGGUUCGUGGCUCUGGCCUUGGCCAUGCCCCUGCAUCUGGGAAAGGAAGUGGAGAUACUCCUAAAAUAAUUGCUUAUCCUAGGCCUUCUGCUUCUCCCUUGUAUGCUUCAUAGCAUGUCUGGUUUCACGAUUUGCACAGAAUCCCAGACAUGUUUUCUCAGAAGCUAAGACUUGAAGUUUCUAUCCAGAAUUGAUUCUACAGCAUUUCACGGUAGAGCCAAACAUGCGAAGUGUGGGAGUUUUGUCAUGAGUAUUGAGUAAGCUGCUAGCAGUUCUUAGUUGUGGCAUAGACCAUAUUUAUUUAGCAAUGUAUAUAGUUCCCUUUUUUGUUUUCUUUUCUUAGGUGCUCUAUUUUGGCUUACAAUUGAAAUUCUUCUCAUCUUGAUGCUGAUUGUUGACUAAGUGCGAUCUAAGAUGAAUCUUUAAGGCUUUUUAUUACUAUGAAAUCCUGUAUAUAAUGCAAA